UUUCAGGUCGGGCCGGGCCCGGCCGGUUCCACGAGCGCCCGGCAGACUGAGGGAGAGAAAGAAAGGAGGGGAGGAGGAGGAUUCAGGGAAUAGGAGCUGGGGAGCCCUUCUACGCCACAGAAAAUUUCUGAAGACUUGGUGAAGAUAGGAAAAGGCUGUAGCAUUUCCUGUUAGAAAGGCUGUAGCACUGUUACACCGUUAAGUAUCUCUUUGAAAAAGAAGUGUAGAUGCUGUUUUUUUCAACAGCUCAGUUGAAGGAGAACUCAGCUGGUCUCGAUUUCUUGAUUCAUCUUCAAUUCCUGUUUGCCAACCGAGACUUGUAUUUGGAGAACUCUAUUGUAUUUAGCCUGAAAAAUGAUCUUUGAUCCAUAACAAGAAUAUGUAUUUUCAAGUAUCAACUAAAUUUGUGGAUCAGUAAAAUUAUCCUGAAAGGUAGUUAAUUUUGGUGACAUUGCCCAGUUUCUACAAUGUAUCAUUCCUUAUCAGAAACUAGACAUCCUCUGCAACCAGAAGAACAAGAAAUAGGCAUUGACCCUUUGUCAAGUUACUCCAGCAAGUCUGGAGGAGAUUCAAAUAAAAAUGGAAGAAGAACAAGUUCUACUUUAGACUCUGAAGGGACUUUUAAUUCCUAUAGGAAAGAAUGGGAAGAACUAUUUGUAAACAACAAUUACUUGGCAACAAUAAGGCAGAAGGGGAUUAAUGGGCAGCUGAGAAGCAGCAGGUUCCGCAGCAUUUGCUGGAAGCUCUUUCUUUGUGUUCUUCCUCAAGAUAAAAGUCAAUGGAUAAGUAGAAUUAAAGAAUCGAGAGCAUGGUAUAGCAACAUUAAAGAAAUACAUAUCACAAACCCAAGGAAGGUUGUUGGCCAGCAAGAUUUGAUGAUCAAUAAUCCCCUUUCACAGGAUGAAGGGAGUCUUUGGAAUAAAUUCUUUCAAGAUAAAGAACUUCGAUCAAUGAUUGAACAAGAUGUCAAAAGAACGUUUCCUGAAAUGCAGUUUUUCCAACAAGAAAAUGUGAGAAAAAUUCUUACAGAUGUUCUUUUCUGUUAUGCUAGAGAAAACGAGCAGUUGCUUUAUAAACAGGGCAUGCACGAGCUGUUAGCACCUAUAGUCUUUAUCCUUCACUGUGACCACCAAGCUUUUCUACAUGCCAGUGAGUCUGCACAACCCAGUGAGGAAAUGAAAACUCUCCUGAACCCCGAGUAUCUGGAACACGAUGCCUAUGCAAUGUUCUCACAACUUAUGGAAACUGCUGAACCUUGGUUUUCUACUUUUGAGCAUGACGGUCAAAAGGGGAAAGAAACACUGAUGACCCCCAUUCCCUUUGCUAGACCACAGGAUUUAGGGCCAACAAUUGCUAUUGUUACUAAAGUCAACCAGAUCCAAGAUCAUCUACUGAAGAAGCAUGAUAUUGAACUUUACAUGCACUUGAACAGAUUAGAAAUUGCACCACAAAUAUAUGGAUUACGGUGGGUGCGGCUUUUGUUUGGACGAGAGUUCCCUCUGCAGGAUCUUCUGGUGGUCUGGGAUGCCUUGUUUGCAGACGGCCUCAGCCUGAGUUUAGUUGAUUAUAUCUUCAUAGCCAUGUUACUCUACAUCCGAGAUGCAUUGAUCUCUAGUAACUACCAGACCUGUCUCGGCCUUCUGAUGCAUUACCCACUCAUCGGAGAUGUACACUCACUGAUUCUUAAGGCUCUGUUCCUUAGAGACCCAAAGAGAAAUCCAAGACCAGUAACUUAUCAAUUCCAUCCAAAUUUAGAUUAUUACAAAGCACGGGGAGCAGACCUGAUGAAUAAAACUCGGAACAAUGCCAAAGGUGCUCCCCUGAAUAUAAAUAAGGUCUCUAAUAGCCUGAUUAAUUUUGGAAGAAAGUUGAUUUCCCCAGCAGUGGCCCCAGGAGGUGCGGGUGGCCCUGUACCAGGGGGCAACAGCAGUAGCUCCUCCUCUGCUGUAAUUCCCACCAGGACCUCAGCAGAGGCCCAGAGGCAUCAUUUGCAACAACAGCAGCAGCAGCAGCAACAGCAGCAGCGGAUGAUGAAAUCAGAAAGCAUGCCAGUGCAAUUGAACAAAGGCGAUAUAGUUACAGGAAGCGAUGCUCAGGUUUCUGUUCCUGUCCAGACUCUAAUUGACCUCCAAGGGCAAAGUUCUAAAAACAUCAGUUCAUCUCCAAGUGCUGAGAGUUUGCCUGGGGGAAGAGAAUUCACUGGCUCCCCACCUUCAUCUGCUACUAAAAAAGAUUCCUUUUUUACCAACAUCUCUCGUUCUCGCUCACACAGCAAAACCAUGGGCAGAAAAGAAUCUGAAGAAGAACUGGAAGCCCAAAUUUCCUUCCUUCAAGGACAAUUGAAUGACCUGGAUGCCAUGUGUAAAUACUGUGCAAAGGUGAUGGACACUCAUCUUGUAAAUAUUCAAGAUGUGAUAUUACAAGAAAAUUUGGAAAAAGAAGAUCAAAUUCUGGUUUCCCUGGCAGGAUUAAAACAGAUCAAAGACAUUCUAAAAGGUUCCCUGCGUUUUAACCAGAGCCAGCUGGAGGCUGAGGAGAAUGAGCAGAUCACCAUUGCAGAUGACCACUACUGUUCCAGCGGCCAAGGCCAGGGUCAGCACGACCAAGUGCCCAGGGCCACCAAGCAGGCCUCUUCAGAAGCACCGGGCCAUGCAGAUAGAGGGAGUUCAGACGACUUCAUCCUGAUUUCCAAAGAAGAUGAGGGAGGCAGUGUCAGGGGGCCCUUCCCCAGCCAGGCCCAGCCUCUUCGCACCUUCAGAAGCACAUCUGGGAAAGGCCAGGCCCCAGCCUGCUCCCCCCUCGUUUUCUCAGACCCCUUGAUGGGCCCUGCCUCGGCAUCCUCCAGCAACCCCAGCUCCAGCCCCGAUGACGACAGCAGCAAGGACUCUGGCUUCACCAUCGUGAGCCCUCUGGACAUCUGACCACCGUGCCCCAGUCCUGCCUGAUGGGGACCCAGCCACCCCUACCAGUGGAAGCCUCUGAAACCAACGCUUCUUUCCCAGCAUGCAUUUGGCAUUGGUAUAGUCCUUUGGGGCCCUGACCAACCCUCACUUCACCCUGGUUCUGAGUUAGAGAUGGGUUAAGUACCCAGUGUCACACUUGCUGUGAGAAAAGACCAACCACAAUUAGAAUCGCUUUUCCUCUGUCCCCUCCUCCCCAACUAAGGUGUGGUAACUGCAUCAAUUAUGUUUAGGAGAAGGAGGAAGAGUUGGUUUCAAAUAUUGCCUCCCUCAAAGCAUCAGGCACAGGAAAAUUGUUUGAUAUCAAGAAAACUUCCUCUGUGGAAAUUUGUGCCUCCAGCUACUUCAUUCCUACCGUGGGAAGCCAAACAGCAGAGCCAAAUGCAACAGAAUGAGCUAGAACCAGUAGAUUCCAGGAAUGCAAAAAAACCCAUUACUAACCUCUCAGAGUUACAGUGAUCUUAAUGACAGGGUCUAAACUGAGGAAUCAUAUCUAGAUAUGAUGUGGUGUGGUGUUAGAUUUUUUUGAUUUGUUAAAGAAUACAUUUUCAAUGCUCAGGCCGGAUCGACUUUAGCCAUUACUGUCUCUCUUUAAACAACUGUAUUUCACCUUUUAGAAUCUUUCACAGCCAAAAAGCAAGGUCACUUUAAGCCAGUCUUUGCUGCACUGAUUUCAAAAGUCAUAAGAAUAUUACUAUCCUUCAAAUGGAAAAUGUGACUCUGACUUUAUGGGAUAAACAUCUUUAAGACUGUGGAUUUUCUGGUAAAGUGUCUUUAGUUUCAGGGCUAUAUUUACCUGUCAGCUGAGGAGUAAAGGAAAAAACCCAAGCUCAUUCCCAUGCAGAGUUGGAAUCCUGGAGUGGCCUUAAGGUAGCAGUUAAUAGGGAAUUAGAACUGGAGUCCCUCUUAUGGGUAGCAGGGUUUCCCAGGGAACAUUCCAGAUGCCAGGAGGAUAUAGGAUUUCUACACAGCACCUUCCCUUGCUGGGAGCCCACGUGUAGGAGCAGCAGGGCCUGUGCUCAGCUGUGAGCUCUGCAUCUUGGGGGCACUGUUGCCAGGACCAGGCCUGGCAUGCUGGUGCCUUCCUGUGCUUCAGCACAGAAGAGAGACUCUCCCCCUUGUCAGUGGCAGCUUAGGAAACUGUGGCGGGCACAAGGCAUCACAUGAGCCAUUUCUCUCCUUAAAGAAGAAGAGCCCUGGGAAGGACAUCUGGCCUCCCCUUUGGCUAAGCAGGUAUUCUAGCAGGAACGGGUGGGGACAGGGGUAGACACAGGGCCCCUUCCCCUUCCUGGCUGGGCAUGGCUGGCUCUUUGGGCCUCUGCUCAGAGGAUGAUGAGGCCUCUGGGCAGUGGAAGCCUUCACAGGAACAAAUGAAAAGCUAAGUGAAGGAACAGACACUGUUAACGGCCCUCCCACUGCUGACUGUAUGUUUCUCUAUAGACAAAUGUGAUAAUGACAUAAUUUCCCACUCACUUGCCACGAAAAUGGCGACUCACUAGUCAGCUGCCGCAGAGAGUGUUCUGAUGAGCUCUGCAGCAGGGAAAUCUCUUAGCACAUCAGCGUGUGAGGUGAAUGCCGCCUCUGGUUUUGCCAGAUGACAGGACUGUGUGGCCUUGGACAACUGCACAUCUGCUCGGCAGAUGCGCUAAUCAGCUCUCUGUCUGCUGACUCUGAUGGCCCUCUCAGCACCUUUGAGUAAUUUGCUGCCAAAUACGUGUCCCCAUGAUGAUGGUUUGUAAGAUCCAGGGUCCCUAUACAGUGAGUGGCCUUGCAACUCUGCCAGGGUUGCCGCUGAUUACUUUCUCACAAAGAACUUGGUUUAGGGAGGGGUUGGUACUUCCAGUUCUAAGGUAAGAUAUGUGAAUCUAUCCGCACCAGGGCUCUACAGUCUAGAGAGGACAGAGACUGGAAAGAACCACAGACCUGGCCAUCCCCUGGCAGUAGGCUACCGUUGUCUUUUCACCUCUAGCAUUUUCUUUGCCUUGAGAACUACAGUCAUAAUAGCUGAGUGUCACUGGCCACACAACAGCCACGGGGCACCCACCAUGCCAAUAAGGCCCUAAGCUGUUUUCCUGCCGUUGGCUAGGUGUUUAAUGGUCCCUGAAAACUCCCAGCCCUGCCUGCACACCCAGGGGUCCUCUCCAUCCUGUGCUUCUGUGUUGGUGCCACAUGAGAACCAAUGGGUCCAUUCAGAGGUAUUGCUUCUGUGGCCCCUCAACAAGCUCCCACCCUCCUCGGAGGAAGAAACACACGAGGGGUGUGGGGCACGGGUAAUACCAGCCUCAAAUUCCCAUAGGUUCACAGAGAAAAUUGUAUUAUUGUCUUCUCUUUUCUAAGUGACUUUUUUUUAUUCUGUUCUGACUUUUUUUACAUACUGUUAAAGAA